GACCCCUUUUUGUUUAUAUCUUUUACUUAAUUACCCAAAAUGCAAGGAUUAAUUACAUUAGUGCCACUACACUCGAACACGAAAUAUUGGAGGGGUUUUCGGCGGGUUUUUAUCAUACUGGUUCUCUUCUGAAUGAUUCAUCUUCUUCACCUUUCUCAUCAUGUAAACCCUCGUUUUUUCUGGGAUCUCGUUCUGGGUUUUUUGAUCUUUGCACGUUCGAUUUGGUUAAAAUUGUCAAUGUGAAGAUGGCUUUAAGGAAGACGAAGAACAAAUUAAACGCGAUGUUUCGGGCUGCGAUGAGAAACGUCGCCAAGACUGCUGAAUCCAAAGCCGGAGAUAAUGUUACCGAAUUAGAAACAACACGAGAGCUGAACCCGAUUAAUCGAUUUUGUGGAACAGGAUCAUGGAGUUCAUUGACGGAGAUGCUCUCACCUCUUAAGUCCGAUUCUUCCAACACUGGACAAGAUAUUGGGGAAACGACGCUCGCUGGUCAUGUCUCGUCUUCGUUACAUGCUAAAUCGACGAAUUGUAAUCUUCUCCCGGAAAGAAGUGACUAUUCGAAGAACGCAUUGGAGUUAUCAGCUUUCCUGUGUGAGACUACUGGGAAACUUCCUUCGUCCACAAGGAUAAAAGAUGUGUCACGCGGUAGGUUGCAGACAGGGAGUUUCAACAAUAACCAGACACAGGUUAUGAAGAAGCUUGCGAAAGGCUUUGCUCGGAAGUUGGGCACCGAGACGAUGCUUGGCUUGCUCGCUAAACUGGGGAAAGAAGCGAGUGAGAAAGAUUACAAUGCAUGGGUUCAGAUUUGCAUAGAACAAGCCAGGAGAAGCAACGACGCUGAAUAUGUUCUUGAUAAAGUUGGGGAGGCUACUGAACAUCUCAAAGAAAUGAGACGACUUGGUUUCUCUAUAGACGAAGGAACCUAUGCGCCUUUUGCUAAGUGCUUGGUAGAUAUGGAGAUGGUAGAAGAAUUCCAGUUUUUCAAAGAAUUUCUUAGGGAGGCUUGUCCUGAGUCACUUGGGAAACUUGUCUACUAUGAAAUGCUUCUUUGUAUCCAACUCAACGACGAUGAGAAGAUCCAUGAACUUUGCAAUACAGUUGACGACAGUGGGAUUAGUUUACCAAUCCUACAAGAAUAUUAUUUGGCUGCACUUUGUGAGAAAGACAGAACGGAAGACCUUCUGAAGCUUUUAGAGAAUGUCGACAUAACAAAAAUAUCUUCACCAGACGUAUUGAAGAGCAUAUUUGGAUACCUUGGAGAAUCGCUAUUGGAGUCUGUUGCGAUGAAGUUGUUUCUGGAACUAAGAGACUGUGAUGGAGUGGAGACAAUUUCAGAUCUCAUUUCUAGCUAUGCAACUUGCAUCCCAAAUAUAACGGUAGAGGAUGCCAUUUUGAAGUUUAACAAGUUGCAUGAAGAACUAGAUACCGUGCCUUCAACUACAUCUUAUGAGAAGCUUGUUAGUUAUCUGUGUGACUCGAAUGAGGUGGUCACUGCUCUUGAUAUAGUUGAAAAUAUGUGUGAAGCAGGCCUGGUAAUAUCGGCAAAUAUCCUGCAGUCAUUGUUAGAUGCCGUUGAGCAGAUUCUUGAAUUUAAUUUGGUACGAAGAAUCUAUUCAAUAAUGAGCAACAAGAGUGUGAAGCCUAAUAGUGAGACUUUCAGGAGAUCGAUAAAUUUGUGCUUAAAGAUCAAAGAUUUUGAAGGUGCAUACAAUAUGCUUGGUAGUUUGAAGAAUUUCAAUUUGGCACCGAACUCAAGCAUGUACAAUUCUAUAUUGGCAGGAUUUUUCCGGGAGAAAGAAGUGAAUAGAGCCUUACUGGUCCUCAAGGAAAUGAAAGAGGCUGGUGUUAAACCUGAUUCCAUGACUUAUAGCUAUCUAAUAAACUUUUGCGGCCAGAAGGAGGCUAUUGCGGAGUAUUAUGAGGAGAUGAAGCAAGCAGGACUUCAAGCCAAUAAGCAUGUUUACAUGUCCCUUAUAAAAGCAUAUGCAUCAUGCGGACAGAUUGAGAAGGCCAAACAGGUGCUCACGGACGGGAAAGUUCCGGCCAAUGAUCGCAAUGAGCUGAAAAGUGUGCUUAUAUCUGCUCUGGCAUCAAAUGGAAAAAUAACAGAUGCUUUAAGAACCUAUGAAGAAAUGAAGAAAGCCGGCUGCCUCAUACACCCAAAAGCUAUUAUAUCUCUUAUAGAUCACUCUGAUUCAAACGAAGAGUUGAGAACGUUGGUUCAACUCUCUCGUGAGCUGCGUGAUUAUAAAUGGUGGAUAGAGAGUUUCUUCAAAGUUAUCGUGUUUGCUGUUCGCAACAAUAAGUCAAGCUCUAUUCUUGAUUUGCUGAAGCAGACCAAAAACAACUUCUCCAAGGAUGACAUCGCUGUGGAAUAUUGGUUUGAAGAGGUGUUUAAAGCGAUAGCGGAAACAGAGCCUAGUGAUGUGAAGCUAGGGCUGGACUUGGUGAGCUUUUUAAAGGAAGAGCUUGGGUUUUGUCCUUCAAGAAAAUAUUUAGAUUUUCUUCUACAUGCUUGUGUCAAUGCCAAGGAUAAGCACAACGCUUGGCUGGUAUGGAAAGAGUACCAAUUUGCAGGACUUCCUUACAAUGUCAUCAACUAUUUAAGGCAAGAUGUAUCAGGUUCUAUUAGCUGCAGGAGAUUCGAAAAGUGCAAAGGCAAUGGUAUGGAAGAUUCCUAAUGAUGAUAAAGACGUUAAAUGUAUAAUUAAACAAAGCCGUAUUGUAUUUACUCCAAAACCAAAAAAGAAAACGUCUAAAAAGAAAUAAUUAUCUCGCCAAGCAAAGUAGGAUGAUCUGUUAGAACAUAGAACCACCAUUGUAUGAGAUUUUUGGUACAGGAAUGAAACACGAUUUCCACUACAAUGGCUAAGUUUCUCUCUUAUUCUCUACCGCUUUGCAUGCCUGAAACUACUUCCAACUCAUCAUCAUCAUCACGAGCCAUCUCAGCAGCUUUCUUCGAUUUCUGUUCAUAUGAUUGACCUGGAGGAUGCGAAACCGUGACAGCAACAAAGUCAUGUCCUUUGAACAUCUCUUGUGGCCACUGAACAUCAACAGUCUCAAUAAAAGGCGAAAACUUUAUCAUCCUUGACGAUCCCCUGACUUGCUUCUCCUCUUGAACCAGCAAAGGAUGAACCAAAGAAAGAGCUUUCAUUACUGCAAACACAAGCUUAAGCUCUUCGAGAGACGGGUUUCUGAACUGGAGAUCGCCAGAGCUCAUGCACCGGGCAACAUCUAUGACCGGAAACCGAUCAGUUCCAGAGACUUCUAAAGACAAAGACUUGACCAUUUUCUUGUUAGAAGGUAGCAUCAGUGACUCAAGCUCAUAAGUAACCCUAAGAACCUCAACAUUAGGGACUCUAGCCAUUUCCCAUGAAUCAUCUGUCAUUUUCAGUGCGUAGCUCAUGGAUCUAUACAUAUAGACUGCUAUAUCACCACCAUCCCCUCCUAUGAACUGAACACAUUGGAAAGGCUGUCUCUUUCCUGACCAAUCUGAGUCUUUUCCCACACGAACACCAAACAGAUGACCUGGUCUGAGCCUCUUCCAUGGCUCGCUUCUGUAUAAAGAAGCUGAAGCUUUGAAUAUGGAUUGAAUAAUGUUGGAAGAUAUACCUUCAACUUUCAUCAGGCAAACCCCGGAUCCUGGUCCAAGACCCGGACCUGACCCGAACUGAUCCUGAAACCUACCAAAUAAAUUCUUCAAAUGCAAAUCCAUUCUUCAACCUUCCCCCAAAAGAGUCGGAUCUGAGUGAAAAAAAAAAAAAAAAAAAAAGCUUUGGGUGAAGUUUGGAAAACCCAAGCAGAGAAAAAGAAAACCCAGAUGAAUUUGAAUUCUAGAACUAGAAGACAAACUAUGGUGUCGCAGUUAAACGGUCAUGGCCGACAAAAGUAAAAGAGUAAAACGAUUUUAUGAUCAUUACGACGACGAAGUGUUACUUUAUGGUCGAAGGUCUAUUACUGACGUCCGAUGCUAAUCGGACGGUCGGAGAUACG